AUGGCGAGCUCGUCAUCCGAGGCGGCGCCGCCAGUCGCCGCCGGCGAGGAUCCAGCGGCGCCCGCAAAGGGACAAGAGAGGACGAAGAAGGAGAAGACGAGGGUGGUCUUGCCGCAGUUCCACCUGGACACGCUCAUGAGGGCCGAGGAAUUCCUGGAGCCUCUGCCGCCGCCGGACGAGGAGUUUCUUGCGCAGGUCCGGGAGCAGCGCGGACAGAAGGGCUUCGUCGAGAUAGAUCUCACCGACGACGAGGAGGAGGAGGAUGAGGAGGAGGAGGAGAAGGAGGGAGGAAACGCAGCUCCCCCGGCUGGAGGAAGGGGAUCUAUGGAGGAGGACAAGUUCAGCCCCGAGGUCACCAAGAAACCCAGCGACGGCGACGGCGGCGGCAGGAUUCGUCGGUUGAUUGGUAACUGA